UAUUCCGGCAAAAUGAUUUUAACUAUUCAUUGGACGACCGCAAGUAUAUCUAUCUAUAUAUGUCGAGGCAGUGGCUCGAGGGUCAUUUGUGAUUCUGAUCUCUUUGUGAAUUAUAGAGAGAUGAGAAGUGAGAAGUAUGUUCCUCUGUUUGAGACAAAGGGAGCUAGGGGUCUGGUCUUGUAUAGGUCCUUUGCAGCGACUUUGUUUGUGGGCGUAUGUUUGAUAUUGUUUUACAGAGUAAGCAACAUGCCGAGAGAUGGAGAAGAAGGGAGAUGGGUUUGGAUUGGGUUGCUUGGAGCUGAGCUCUGGUUCGGUUUUUACUGGGUCCUCACACAAGCUCUCAGGUGGAACCAGGUUUACAGGCUCACCUUCAAGGACAGGCUCUCUCAAAGAUAUGAGAAAGACUUGCCUCGGGUGGACGUAUUUGUGUGCACGGCAGACCCCGUGAUAGAGCCACCGAUAAUGGUGAUGAACACUGUUUUAUCGGUCAUGGCUUAUGAUUACCCACCGGAGAAGCUUGCCAUUUACCUGUCGGAUGAUGCCGGAUCGGAUCUAACUUUCUAUGCUCUCUUGGAGGCAUCUAGAUUUGCAAAACAAUGGAUACCAUAUUGCAAGAAGUUCGACGUGCAACCAAGGUCACCAGCUGCUUAUUUUGAAUCCAAGUUCCCUACAGGAGACGGUGGCGGUCAGAGUCAGACUAUGGACUUUACGGCUAUCAAGAAUUUGUACCAAGAAAUGGAGGAUCGAAUUGAAACAGCAACCAUGCUAGGAAGAAUCCCUGAAGAAGCACGCUUGGAACAUGAGGGAUUUUCUCAGUGGGAUUCUUACUCAUCGAAACGAGAUCAUGACACCAUUCUUAAAAUUUUGAUUGACGGGAAAGAUCCAUGUUCCACGGAUACUGAUGGGAGUGCAUUGCCUACUUUAGUAUACUUGGCUAGAGAAAAGAGACCCCAACAUUUCCACAAUUUCAAAGCUGGGGCUAUGAAUGCUUUGAUAAGAGUGUCAUCAAAGAUUAGCAAUGGACAGAUCGUUCUCAAUCUAGACUGUGAUAUGUACUCAAACGAUCCACUAACUGUGCGGGAUGCACUUUGCUUCUUCAUGGAUGAAGAAAAGAGCCAUGACAUUGCUUUUGUGCAGUUCCCACAGUGGUUCGCAAACGUUACUAAGAAUGACCUAUACAGCAGUUCCUUUCGUGUAAUCUCCAAUGUGGAAUUCCACGGUACGGAUGGUUAUGGAGGCCCUCUUUAUAUCGGAACUGGCUGCUUUCACAGGAGAGAUACUCUUUGUGGAAGGGAAUUCAGUCAGGAUUCUAAGAUUGAAUGGAAAAAACAUGACGAUAAUAGAAUACAACAAAGUGUUCACGAAUUAGAAGAAGAAACAAAAACGCUUGCAAGCUGCACUUAUGAGCAAAAUACAAAAUGGGGGAAUGAGAUGGGGUUGAAAUAUGGAUGUCCAGUGGAAGACGUGAUUACAGGGUUGUCUAUCCAAUGCAAAGGAUGGAAAUCAGCAUAUUUCAAUCCAGAAAGGAAAGCAUUCUUAGGUCUUGCACCAACCACCUUGCCUCAGGUACUCGUGCAACACAAACGAUGGUCUGAAGGUGAUUUUCAGAUUUUGUUCUCCAAGUACAGCCCUGCAUGGUAUGCACAUGGCAGGAUUAGCCUUGGCCUUCAACUGGGGUAUUGCUGCUACUGUUUCUGGGCUUCUAACUGCUUGGCAACUCUGUACUACUCCAUCUUUCCCUCCCUUUUUCUCCUGAAAGGCAUAUCCUUGUUUCCCCAGGUUUCGAGCCCAUGGUUCCUACCAUUUGCAUAUGUGAUAUUUGCCAAAUACAUUUACAGCCUAGCUGAGUUUCUCUGGGCUGGCGGGACAGUCCUAGGUUGGUGGAAUGACCAAAGAAUUUGGCUAUAUAAAAGAACAAGCUCCUAUCUCUUCGCCACUAUCGACACCAUUUUGAAGACACUAGGAUUUGGUGAUACAGCAUUUGAAAUCACAGACAAAGUAGCAGAUGAAGACGUCUCGAAAAGAUACGAGAAAGAGAUGAUGGAGUUUGGAGCCACCUCUCCGAUGAUCGAAAUCUUAUCCACGCUUGCGAUGCUCAAUUUAUUUUGCCUUGUCGGAGCAGUGAAAAAGGCGAUCAUGAAUGAGAGCAUUGAUAGACUUCAUGAGACAAUGCCAUUGCAAAUUCUACUUUGUGGGGUUUUGGUCCUCGUCAACUUGCCUCUGUAUCAAGGCCUUCUUCUAAGGAAGGACAAGGGUCGGAUGCCAUGCUCUGUUGCAGUUAAAUCUUCUUUAGUAGCUCUCCUUGUUUGUACCGCUUUUUCUUUCCUGUAAUAAUCUCCUCUUCCUUUUUUUUAUUAUAAUUUCCAAGUUCAAAUCUAAGGAAUUAAUAAGAUGUGCUUGCAAAGAAUCAUCUUCUCUUCAUUGCGAAGGCUGAUAUCGAAGAUUACUUGGGUAUGAUAAUUAUACUUUGUAUGCUU